AAGUGCGGCGACACGAUUUGCCAGGCCGGCCUGACCUGCUGCAACCCAUCCUGCGGCAUCUGCGUCAAGCCGGGUAUGAAGUGCACGAUGCAGGCCUGCACCAAGUCGUCGCCGGCACCGCCCGUCGUCACACCGCGCGAGGACGACAAGACGACGCAGUGCGGCCCCGCCCGGUGCAAGGAAGGCACCGAGUGCUGCAACGAGAGCUGCGGCAUCUGCGUCGAGCCGGGAAAUGGCUGCACCAAGCAGCUCUGCCUGCCCGCCGGCGAGGUGUGCGGCAACAAGGUGUGCGCCGAGGGCCUGGUCUGCUGCAACGAGAGCUGCGGCCUCUGCGCUCCUCCCGACGGCGGCUGCACCAUGCAGCUGUGUCUC